AUGGUCAAGGUGAUUAAAGGAGUUCUCUUGCAGUGUGACCCCACAGUAAAGCAAGUAAUUCUAAAUCUCGAUGAGCGAGAUCACUUUAUCAUCGAAGAUCUCGAUGAGACACAUGUAUUUGUCGAAGCAUCAUGUGUCGAAAAAGUUAAAAAGUCUCUAGAGGACUUGCUUGAGGAAAACACUUAUAAAUUCGAAUCACAACCUCCUAACAAUAAGGACUAA